AUGUCAGACCAGCUCGUUCGUCAGCUUGGGCUGUUAAGGCUCAAGACACAGCUACGAAUAUCGGGGAUUGGAGACACGGCAUCUGGGCCGGCAUUAGGCAAGGUUCGGCUCACAAUACAGUCCACUUGCUCUCACUUUCAGCUCAGAGUUUCUGCCUAUGCUCUCGGCCAGCUCACAACCUCAUUACCGACAUUCUCACCAAGUCAGCUCACAUGGGAUCAUCUGGAAGGACUCCAGCUCGCUGAUCCCGAUUUUCUCACACCAGCACCAAUUGACAUCCUUCUUGGCGCUGAUGUCUAUGGACAACUCAUCUCACCACAAGUCAUCACCAACGGACCAAACUCACCAUCGGCUCAGCCCACGCGACUUGGAUGGAUCGUAUUCGGACCAACGGAAGGUCCUGAUACUACUCAAGUAGCAACUUCUCAUCUAACGGUCACCAACGAGGAUCUCAACGAACUGCUCACCAAAUUCUGGAUCCAGGAAGAGAUCCCUGGGACACCAGAGGUUCAGCUCAACGAGGAGGAAGCGCAGUGUGAAGAACACUUUCAACGGACCCACUCACGAGAUGCAUCUGGCCGCUACAUUGUUCGGAUACCGCUCAAAUCUCCAGUUUCCUCGCUAGGAGAUUCACGAUCAUCUGCACUCGCUUGCCUCCAUCGUCUGCUCAGGAAACUCUCACGUGAUGAGGUUUAUCGUCAGCUCUACACGGACUUCCUCAGGGAAUAUGAAGAGCUCGGCCACAUGCGUCGAGUCUCCGGACAGCUCGCUAGAUCAGCUCAUCAGCGCCAGCUCAAUGGGGGGGGGGGGCACGGGCACCGAAAUGACCUUAGCACAUGA